GUUCUCCCAUGAACCUGGCUUCUUAUAAAAGCUGGAAUCCUUGUUCUGGUGGCCCCAGCCAAGAUGGGCCUACUGUGGACCCCACUGUCUUUGCUCCUCCUAUUUUGGGAGCCUGCUUGCCUGAGGACUCAGGAACACCCCAGAUGCCCAGAGUCGAGAGAACUGGAAGCCAGCAAAGUUAUUCUCCUGCCCAGUUGUCCUGGAGCCCCAGGAAGUCCUGGGGAGAAGGGAGCUCCAGGUCCGCAAGCACUCAGGGCAUCUCCGCUUCUGGGAUUUCAGGGCCACCUGGGCCGCCGGGCAAGAUGGGUCCCAAGGGUGAGCCAGGAGAUCCAGUGAACCUGCUCCGGUGCCAGGAGGGUGAGGUGGCCUUCAUAGGAGCCAAGAAUCUGGAAUCAGGCCCCAGGAGCUGUCGGGAGUUGCUGAGUCAGGGUGCCACCUUGAGUGGCUGGUAUCACUUGUGCCUACCAGAGGGCAGGGUCCUCCCAGUCUUUUGUGACAUGGACACUGCAGGGGGUGGCUGGCUGGUGUUCCAGAGGCGACAGGAUGGUUCUGUGGAUUUCUUCCGCCCGUGGUCUUCCUACAAAGCAGGUUUUGGGAGCCAGGAGUCUGAGUUCUGGCUGGGGAAUGAGAAUUUGCACCAGCUCACUCAGCACGAUACCUGGGAGCUUCGAGUAGAGCUGGAAGACUUUACUGGCAACAGUACCUUUGCCCUCUAUGAGACCUUCCGCCUCCUUGGGGAGAAAGACCACUACCAGCUGGCACUGGGAAGGUUCUCAGAGGGCACUGCUGGGGACUCCCUGAGUUCCCAUAGUGGGAAACCUUUUACCACCUUUGAUGCUGACCACGAUUCAAGAGAGGGCAACUGUGCAGUGCUUGUCCAUGGUGCCUGGUGGUAUGGAUCCUGCUACCGAUCCAAUCUCAAUGGGCUCUACGCAGUGUCUGAGGCCACUGCCCCCAAGUACGGCAUCGACUGGGCCUCAGGCCGAGGCGUGGGCCACCCCUACCGAAAGGUUAAAAUGAUGCUUCGCUAGGGCACCCUAGCAGAUGGUGCCCUUAUCUUUUCUAUGCAGCUUCCGGACCCUCACCACCUCCCCAUUGCCAGCUGCCCCUGCUUCCCUGUCCACAUCUAAAAAUAAACCACUUUAACCCUU